AUUAUUUCCGGUUAGCGAGACGCCCUUGUGUGCUGGUUUCCUCUUGUUUGAGGUUAGGUGAAAUCGUAGAGGUAGCUAGCUACAGUCGGCUAGCUAUAUUAAUCAGGGAGCUGGUCCAGUUUUGUACCUGUCGAGAUGGGGCUGACGGUACCCGAUGAGGCCAAGGUUCUUCCCCCGCCGGGAAUAAUGAACAGAAAUUCUGCCUGGCUCGGGUUAUCUGGCUGGUGCACUGCGAUGGUUCAUAAUGCCCUGAACCGCAGACCCCCAAUGAAGUCCGGUGUUCAUCGGCAGCUGCUUUUGAUCAGCAUUGGCUGGUUCCUGGGAUAUCACCUUACAAAAUUGGAGAAUUAUACUUAUGCCCGUGCGGAUAGAGACAUGAACGAAUACAUCAGACUGCAUCCUGGUCGAUUCCAUGCGGAAGAAAAGAAGACAUUUGCUGAGAUUUUGGAGGACUUUCAUCCAAUUCGCUGAAUCAUACUUGCUGUUGCUCGUGUGGGGAGAUACCAUGGGAGUUGGAUUGCAAAUUUCAGUCUGGAUCUUUAUUGUUUUAUUGUACUGAGGCUUGCCACAUCUCUGUAUAAAUGCAAGCACCCGUUGUGUAAUAAAUUAAAAAAUCUAUUUGUUCUA